CAGCCGCUCAGGUACAUCUCUAGCAAAUGGAAGACAUUGAGGACUUGUUGGCCGGCGCCGCCGGCGGAGCGCCGCCGGGUUUCCGUCUGGUGGUUCCAGCUGCCGUAGGUGUCAAGCCAAGGAAGAAGCCUUUGCAAGAUUCUCUUAAGAGCUACGAUACAGCUAAAAUCCUUGGCACUCAGUCUCCCAGUCAGUCUGCCAUGGAAACACUUAUAGCUAAAUGUAGAAAAUCAAAAAAGCCUCUUGUCGUUGCCGGGUGUGUUCCUCAAGGAAGUCGUGAUCUAAAGGAGCUUGAAGGAGUGAGCAUAGUUGGAGUGCAGCAAAUUGAUCGAGUGGUAGAAGUCGUUGAGGAGACCCUGAAAGGACAUGAGGUUCGGUUUUUGACUCGGAGGACAUUACCAGCACUUGAUCUCCCAAAGGUUCGAAGAAACAAGUUUGUCGAGAUCCUUCCAAUUAAUGUUGGGUGUUUAGGUGCUUGCACCUAUUGCAACACAAAACAUGCUCGUGGUCGUUUAGGAAGCUACGCAGUUGAUAGCCUUGUGGGUCGUGUGAGAACUGUUAUAGCCUAUGGUGUCAAGGAGAUCUGGUUAAGUAGUGAAGACACUGGAGCAUACGGUCGUGAUAUUGGAGUUAAUCUUCCAAUUUUGCUAAAUUCUUUAGUAGCAGAGAUGCCUUCGGAUGGGAGCACAAUGCUCCGAAUUGGAAUGACUAAUCCUCCUUAUAUUCUGGAGCACCUGAAAGAGAUAGCCGAGGUUUUGCGCCAUCCUUGUGUUUAUUCUUUUCAUGUUCCAGUUCAGUCAGGAAGUGACACCAUCUUGACUGCGAUGAACCGGGAGUAUACUGUGGGCGAAUUUAGAACAGUGGUUGAUACAUUAAUUGAACUAGUUCCUGGGAUGCAGAUAGCCACAGAUAUUAUAUGUGGAUUUCCUGGGGAAACUGACGAAGAUUUUGAACAGACUGUCAAGCUAAUCAAGGAGUACAAGUUUGCUCAAGUUCACAUAUCACAGUUUUAUCCUAGGCCUGGUCAGAACACCUGCUGCAAGGAUGAAAAAGUUCCCAGUAACAUUGUAAAGAAACGUAGCCGUGAGUUGACUACUGUAUUCGAGUCAUUUACUCCGUAUGUGGGGAUGGAAGGCAAAAUAGAGAGGAUAUGGAUUACCGGAGUAGCCACAGAUGGAACACACUUAGUAAGAUGACAGGUGCUGGUGAGUCUGACCUGGCAGGCAACCUCUUAAAGAAGUUGACAGGUGCUGGUGGCAGCUUGUACCUCAGCCGAGGAUGGCGCAACACGUAAAUCCCGACAAGCAGAGCCACAAUCUUGAAAGGUACAACAUACAAAAACACAGCCAAUUUAGUAAUUUAGUAAAUACAGCUGAUUAAUAAAUACAAACAAAAACGUG